AUAUUUUUGAAAUAAGUGUGUCUUAAUUUCUGAUAAUUUUUGUUAUUUUAAAUAAUUGAUUCUGCAUCUGAACAUCUAAAUUGGAAUGAAAGUGAAUUGGCGUUUUUGACCACAUCCAUUUCAAUUUACUUAAAAUCCUGACGUGCUAGGCAAAUUCUGCUAACAACAUUGUGUUCGGCGCAAAAAAAUCUUCGGGAAACGUAUGGUCGCACUUCGGAAAGAGAAAAAAAAGUGUUUUUUGUAAUACAGUGUAUAAAAAGUCAAAAAGUAUAAAAUUCAAACAGCCAUAACUUGAUAAAAAAAAGUCGUACGGUCAUGAAUCAAAGUUCGUUUAAAAUUCUCUUGAAUGAUACUUUCAGAUGCUGUUGAAUUUAUUUAGAAACCAGUUUCUAUUUUGCCACAAGCUAAAUGUUAAAACGUCAUUUUUGACCACUUUCAUUCCAAUUGACCCAAAAUCUUUACGUGCUAGGCAAAUUCUUCAAACGGCAUUGUGUUCAGUGUGAAAAAAUCUUGAGAAAACGUAUGAUCGCACUUCGGAGAGAGAAAAAAAGUGUUUUUUUGCAGCACACUGUAAUACUAAAAUUUACAUGGAGGUGGCACGGAUAUAUAUUACGUUGGAAUCGAGUCUCUGUGUAGAAUGGCAUAUCGUCGACACGAUCCAGUCAAGGCCUGCAUUAAAAACGUGUUUGUCUCGCAGUUAUAAGUGAGCAGUUUCUUUCGUGAUUCUUUGAAAUGUUACUGUCGAUUUUAUAUCAGUACGUUCUAUUAUUCUUCAUGACAAGGAUAAUGCACAGUCAAUCGUUGUGUUCUUGUAAUCAAACGGAUUUAGAUUUUGCAACCGGCAUCAACCUGCUCUAUUACAAAUGCAAUAGUGAAAUUCCUGCAACAAUUGCCUAUCCCAUCACAGUGCCACAGACGUUAUUGAAUGUGUUGGAUGAUAAUAAACGGAUAAUCUUUUACGUUUUUGGAUAUUUGCAAUUUCCGGAGGACACAAAUGUUAAAUUAAUGAUGGAAGCGCUUUGUUACGGAAGAACGGACAACGUUGUGCUACUCGAUUGGAGUAAAUACUCUGAAAACGGCACUUACGGAUCCGUUUUCAGAAAUGCUGAAAAAGUAGGGAGUUUAUUUGCGCAAAGUAUACGACUACUUGUGGAUAGUGGCCUAGACAUAUCGAGAAUUUACAUCAUCGCGCACUCCUUGGGCGCACACAUAGCUGGCUUCGUCGGUAAAUGCAACGUCUUCAAGAUAUCUCGCAUUACAGCAUUGGAUCCUGCGAAUCCUCUUUUUUAUCUUCCCGGAUGUUACCUCACGCGUAACGAUGCGACGUGGGUCGAUGUUAUCCACACGGACAUGGGUGGAUAUGGCACCCUAACAGCUAUGGGUACAGCGGACUAUUACGUGAACGGUGGAACUCGUCCUCAACCUGGUUGCAAAUUCCUUGGCUUACCGUUAAGCGAUGCUGAUCUCUGUAGUCAUCAGAAAUCAGUCGUGCUGUACGCAAAACUGAAACGUAAUCCUACCAAAUUUGUUGCAAAGGAGUGUUCUUCUUAUUUUGGUUACAAAUUAAAUGAUUGCUAUAAGACUUGGCAGAUCAGUGUUGGAUAUACAGCAAUAGAUAUGCGCGGGUCAUUUUACUUUAAUAUAAAUAUUAUAUAGCAUGACUAUUGUAUUCAAUAUGGUAUUCAAUAUAGCAACAAAGGUUACAGAAUUAUAAGUGAUUCAAGUCAAACGCAAUAAUAUUGAGUGGAGUUUGAACGUUAAGCGUUGCAAUUAUGCGUGUAUGCAAUACGCAUUCCGAUUACUCUAUUAACUUUCACAGCUCAGCUAAUAUUGAUUUUUAUUGCUGAACAGGUUUGUUUUUUGUUUGUCAUGUGUCACUAAUGCAUAGAUUAUAGCAAUCAUCAUAAGAUGAAGCAAUAUUUAAAUUUUUCGUACAUAUUCGUCAAUAUAAUAAUUGAUACUUCUAAAAAGUUUCAGAUCUUUUUGGUAUUUGAUUCCGUUCAUAAUACUAUUUUAAAUAGUACUAUUUUAAAAAUAGGAUAUAUACAUUAAUAAACUAUACAUUAACAGAAUAGCAGCGAAAUGUAUAAGGAAACAUGAAAAACAGCUUGUUUUGAACUCGUCUUGUCGUCAAAUCAAUCAAUAUUAAAUUCAUCUUGAACGAGAAAAAUCAUUCACACAGUUUACGAAUUUUAGCGAAUAAUAGAGUCAGAGAAUAAUAAAGAAAAAUAAAGUACCAGCUGCGUAAAAGAUAUUGGUAGAAAAAUACCCGGCGCAUCGAUAUGAGGUAUAAUCUGUAUAUAAAUAGUACGGCCACGAGACAGCCACAGACAGCCGAGGCUGCUAUCUCUUAUGAGGAUCCCUCAUGUUUAUGUUAAUAACGGGCCAAAUUCCAUGCCAGUUUGUAAAACAGAACGAUCCAGCGAUCAGCAACUAGACACCUGUACUAACAUACUUAAACUUACGAGUAUUUAAAACAAGACUAUUCAAUAUUCAAUUUUAAACAAGUUGUGUCGAUGCUACUUGAGGUCUUUGUCGCAAGCUACGUUUUUCAUUGAUAAGUAUCAAUUUCGCAUUUUUGCCCGUUCGAGAUAUCACACUGCAUCAUGGGAAGCAUUGAUGGGUUUAACUAUCUAACAUCUCGUAAUAGACUUAACAGCUAAAAUUCAUUUAUAAGUAUAAAGAAAAGCGAUCGCACAAUCUAUACAUGUAACAUUUUGAAAAAUGUACAUCAAUAUUUAUCGCAUAAA